AUGACAGCAAAGUUUCCGCCGUAGCAAACACUGCAGAGGGGGGAGAAAAGGCAAAAAAGCCUGUCUUGGAAAAAGCUCAGUGUUGUCGCCUGUCUGCUCGGAGUCGGUGUGGAAUCCAAACAGCAGUUUAUGGUGGAAUUAUGGCACAAAAUGAAACACAUCCCAUUUUGGAGAUACUAAAAUCUUUUAAUCUUGGCGAUAUGAUUCUGGCUUUCUGUUUGUCUGUGCUUGUGGGCCUGCUGCUGGGGGCUUUGGUCUACGUUCUGUUGACCUGGGCAUCCAGGCGCCAGGCCACGGCCAGAAUCACCAGACGCUCUAAAAAGAGAUCGACCACUUCACAAGCAAACAACCCCAUGAGCAACCAGAUGGGCCUCUACAGAAGCACUUUUCUAAGCGUCUACAGACAGCCAUCUCUGGAGCCAGUGGGCCCUCUGGGGAGUAAACCCGGCUUAGAGACCUCCACCUUUCGCCCAGCGAAGAAAAGUAGACCUGCCCUGGACAUGGGAGAGGACACUGAGGUCAUCAUGCCUGAGGACACAGCAGCUUCAAACUCGGAAUCGGAUUCGGCAUCCCUUGUGCCAAAUAAACGGCAUUCCUUCUGGUUGGGUAACAAUGGACUUAAAGGUUUCCUGCCGUCACAGACUCCCCCUCCUGCAUAUGACAGCGUCAUCCAUGCCUUUGAAGAGACCUGCACUUGAAUCUGUCCAUGUAAAUACAACAAGAACUGAAAAAAAAGGAGGAUUACAUGGGACUUUCUGCUUGUGUUCUGCACAAUCAAACAGCUUCAGACAGCUUUCAAUCUAAAUCCUUCACUGAAGUGUCAUAUUAUGAGAUAUCAGGGGUGCAACUAACAAUUUUUUUUUAAAUAAUGGGUUAAUUUGUAUGUUAGUUCAUCCAUUAAUCAGUAUGUUUUCUCUAUGGAGUGUCACACAUCAAACAUUUUCAUUUAUAUUCAUAAAUUAAUGACCAGUAGCAAAUCCACACUAGAGAAGAUGAUACAAGCUGAUUAAUCGAUUGAUCAUUGCACUUCUGAUACAAGUUGUUUGUGGCCAUCUCAUGACCCGUGAUGUCGUCCAAGGUAAAGAGAGUAUGAGGGUGUAUUUCACACACGGUGUUCUUCACAGUUAUAUUAUCUAAUAUCACAAUAAAGGUUUAAUGAUGACUUUA